AUGCCUAAACUUUUAAUUGAAAUUAUAACAGAAAUUCUUAAUUACGUUGAAGAAGAUGAUAUAAAUACAUUACAUUCUAUAAUAUUAAUCAAUAAAGAUUGGUGUCAAGUUGGAAUUUCAUAUUUAUGGGAGAAAUCUUUUAACAACGUAAAAUAUCCUUUUAAAAAUUUUUAUAAAAUAAUCUCAAUAAUUUUAUUUUAUCUUGAUGAGAAACAAAAAAAUAUUUUUAAAAUAAAAGAUAAUCGUAUUGGAAUACCUACAAAAAUUUUAUUUGAUUAUUCAUAUUUUAUUAAACAAAUAGAUUUUAAUAAAUUAUUGAAUUUAAUUAAAAUUUGGUUGAAUAAUAAUAAAUUAUUUCGACCAAAUUUAGAAAAAAAUCAUUUUAUUAAUAAUAAUGAUUAUUUUAUUUAUAAUUAUUCUAUAAAUUAUUCAAUAGAAGUACAAGAAAUGUUGGCAUUUUUUGAAUCAAUCUUUUAUAUAAUUAUUAAAAGAAGCAAAGGAAUAGAAAAUUUAUUCAUAGAUAUCAAUAAGACUUUUUUCAUUCCUAAUGAUUAUUUUGGUAUACUUUUUAAUGGUAUAAAGGAAGAUAAUAAUAGAAGUUUGAUUGGAUUAAAAGAAUUAAUAUGUGAUGGAAAUUUUCAUAAAGCAUCCAUAAUUGAUAAAAUUAAAGAAUGUUCACAUGAAAUAAUUCAUUUAAAAAUUUAUCCUUGGGAGAGUUCUAUUUAUUUAACUUGGAAUGAUGAUUUAAAAUCAAGGAAUAUAAAAGAAUUAUUACAAGUUCAAAAAUGUCUUAAAUCUUUAACUUAUUCAACUGUAUCAAAUUUUGGAAGGGAUACUAUAAAAGGUUUACAAGGAAUGAUUGAAGAUUCUUUGGAAAUUAUUAAAAUUCAUGGAGAUAUAAUUACAAAUGAUGAAUUAAAAUAUUUAAAGAAAUGUAAAAGAUUGAAGAAAUUAUCUUUUAUGUUGAUUGAUUUUAAUUUUCCUAUUAAUAUUUUAUCAAAUAUUUUAUAUCCUGAACUUGAAGUAAUAGAAUUUACUUGUUGUGAAUUUACAAUUGAUGCUUUAGAAAACAUGAAAUUAUUUAUAAAAAAUAAUGGAAAGAAUUUAAAAGAAUUUCAAUUAAAUCAAGAUCCUUCAGGAAUACCAGGAAUUUUACUAUCAGUUUCAGAGAAUUGUUAUAAUCUGGUAAACAUUUUUGUAAAUAUUAGAAAUAGGAAUAAUAUGUUAAUAUUAUUAAAAAUAAUGAGUCAAUGUAAGAAUUUACAAAAAAUUCAUGUAGGAUAUGAUGGAAAACCUAAAUUUUUAGCUGAUCCAUUCAUGAAUGAAUUCACUCAACUUUGUUCUUCAAAUCUUUUAGAAUUAAAUUUAUCAAAUUGGAGAAUAUCGUUAGAUAUAUUUGAAACUGUUUUAGAGAAGUGUGUCACAUUUUUGAAGGUAUUAAAAAUUUCUUGUGAUGGAGAUAUUAAAGAUUUAGAAAUUAUGGUACAAAUAUUUUCAGAAUUACAUGGUAGGAUUUUGAAAGAUUUUAGAAUCCAAGAGGAUGAGUAUGAUUUUGAUAAACUUAAACUAGUUGAAAUGACGUGGCUAGUGUAA